AGGUUGUUUUAGCCAAUGGAUUCACUCUCACGGAUUCCUUGUAAGCAAACCUGCCGCUGUUUAUACUUAUAAACAUCUCCCUCUUGUUCCAUACCAAUUACCAAACCCUUUCUUUAUCAUUCAUCACACUUGCAUUGCACCUAUCCCCUUUAUAAAACCAUCUCUCACCACUUUCUUCUACACUCCCCACUCCCCACUCCCCACUCCCUCACUAAACCCGUAACAUUUCAGCACCAAACCCAAACCUUAGAUGCACUCCUACGCCUCUACUAGCACAAAACCUUGUUACUUGGAACAGGACCACGGUUUGGCUUCCUUAACAGACAUGGACGCUGGUCAUCGUGCCAACAGUUUUGUGUCAAGGUCCAUGACCAUGGGUUAUGCUACCUCUUACAACAGAACUAGUUUCAGGAACCUUUCUGUUUCCUCACCAAGAUCCACUAGAUUCUACGACGCGAGAUUCGAAGAUCACCACCCCCACUUCCUCCAAUCUUGCUUCCUAUGCCAAAAACCACUUGGUGACAAUAGAGACAUCUUCAUGUAUAGAGGGGACACGCCUUUCUGUAGCGAAGAGUGCAGGCAAGAGCAAAUAGAGAUAGACGAAGCCAAAGAGAAGAAUAGAAACCUUUCUUCAUCGAUGAAGGCUUUGAGGAGUAAGGAGCAAAGAAAAUCUGUGUCGCCAAACAAGGCCCAAAAUUACUCCUUUCGUACGGGGGCAGUUGCUGCGGCUUAGGUUGUUGACGGGUACAUAGGAUUCCUCGAAAGACAAGAGAGGAACGGAACUUAUGCAGUGUUCCCGGAAAAGGAAAAAGAAAAUAAAAAUUGUGACAUAAAAAGGAAAGUAACAAAGGGAAGUUGCGAGUUUUACUUUACUUUUAUAUUUCUUUCCAGGAACAAGGGUGAAGAGAGAAGGGAUGGGUACAGGGGAAUUUUGUGAAUGUAGCUGUAAAUGGUAUACGUAUUGAAAAGUGUGUUUGCUUCCAGUGGGAGAUCCUCUCUACCAAAUCACGAAAAUUCAUUUUUCGUGUUUUUGUUUUUCUCUUUCCUUUUGUAGAUUACUCUCCCUCGCUGAGUUAUGGUGGUUGUGCCAAUAUAGUUUCAGU